AUGCCUUCUUCCGAUCACUCGGAACCAUCACAUGCCCCAACCCAGCACAACGAGGCGACCGUGCCCGUUGACACCCAAAACCAAGACCCCGGUACGCAAGGGAGCAGCGGCAGCACCAGCAGCAACAGCAGUAUGCAUUCAAGCAAAAGUAUCAGCAGUGGUUCCGAGCAUGACAGCGGCACUGGUACCGAUGACACCAGCAGCGACGGCGUUAGUGAGUUACCUCUAGCAAGUGAUGAUGAAGCUCCCAAGUCUCGUCGACCGUCACCACUUUCACCGCCUACGCCACGACCCAGGCUAUUGAAACAUGCCCCAGCACAGGCUGUUCAUGACGCGGGACAGUCUCGCACCCGUCAAUCCGCACCGGCCGCACGUCUUUGCAGCCCAACUUCCUCCAAGGCAGGCGACCGCACAGCUGCUCCAAACGGUGAUCAAAGGGGCUGUUCUUCCUCUUCUGCAAAGGCAGCAACCCUACCUCCCGCUUCCUUCAAACGCUCAGCUGUCCAAUCACUCGCUCGAGGCAAAGAAUCCCCCGCCCCUUCCCCGGAAAGCAAUACAUCCCUGCCGACUGGCGCCCCCCCUGUUUCCAAGCGUGCUCGAGCUGAUGGAGGCCUGGGCAAGCAGCAGAAGGAAACCUCACAGCCGUUGGCUCAACGUUCUGUGUCGCGCACCUUGGACGCCGUCAAGCGGCGCGACAAGGAUGAAGUGGUGGAAGAGGAGGAGGGAGAUAUCGAUAAUCUCGAUGAGGAGGAUCAUGAACCAUCUCUGACUGCGCUGAAGGGGAUCUCAGAUCAUACAUUGCUGGGCCCGCGCCGCACUUUUAACUUGCACCUGAAGCAAAACGCUUUGAGGCCUGAUGAGGUGGCAGCUUUGAAGCGAUUGCGACGACGCCGCCUAAACGCGCUCUAUGCCCGCGGGAGUCGUCAGCGCAAAAAGCACCGAGCAAAACUGGCUGCCCGGGAGGCGGAAGAUCAACAAGACGUGGCCACCAUGCACGGGCCGGACAACGGGAUGAUUCAGCGCCAGAUCAGACAACUGCGGGUUGCUUUGGCUGCGUGCUUGGCAGAUCGUCAGUUUCUAUUGCAGCGACUAGGCGCCGUGGGCAUGGGUGUGGACCUAUCUGAGAUGCGCUAUCAGCCCAACAUGGAAGACUCGACCACCGUCACGGUUAAGGCGCCUUCCAAGCCAACGAUACGCAUUGGCAAUGCUCAGUCCGCUAUGCGCUCCUCUGAUCGUGUGACGAGAUUGUCGUCCACAGCCGUUCCAGACUCGGACAAGGAGCCCGGGCUCGCAAGCCGCGCGCACAGUCACGAACGUGCGUUCUUUGUGGAUGACGAGGAUGAUCAGCCAGUUCGACAAAAGCAGAGUACCAAAGAGCGGGACGGGCAUACUCAAUCGUCACCAACAAGGCGAGCAAGCUCAUCGCCGCAAGCAAAGAGCAGGAAGGGGGCAUCCCAAUCUGCCGCCUACGCAGGGCCGCAACCAAUGACAUGGAGUGAUCAUGGCCCGUCAUCCCAGCUGGCACGCAUGCCAUCCGUAUCGAUGGAGUUUGAAAGGUCUGACAUCAUGCCAGCGCCCCCGAAUGGGUUUUCGACACCAGUGCCCCAUCUCCAACUCGACGUGCGAGCUCAAAUGAAUGUCCAGGCUCAUAUGCAAGCUCAAGCUCAAGCCCAAGCCCAGGCCCAGGCUCAGGCCCAGGCCCAGGCUCAGACCUUCAACAUGUGGCAAGCCCACAACAUGUAUCCAUACGCGCCACCAUCAACGCACUAUGCAACAACGCCGGCCGUCGUGGCCCUGAAUCCGCAGCCCCAAGCAAACAUGAUGAUGGGCGGCAAUACAGGAUACCCCGUGUAUGCACCGUCCCCCGGCAUGCCCGCGCAACUUCAUAGACCCAUGGGUGCUGUGCACCCGCUCUCUGCACUCGCACCGCGCAUGUCUUGGACCCUUGGCGCUCCCGUCAAUCACCCCUCCCGUACACAAACAUCAAGCCCCUAA